AUGGCAGUUAUUUGUCUCUGUAUUGAUCAUGAUGUGGUGACAUCAUACCCCCAAGUAGUUGUGGUCCGAGUUCCAACACCAGCAGUUCAGUCUGACAGUGAUAUCACCGUCUUGCGACACCUGGAGAAGCUAGGCUGCCGACUCAUCAACCGACCACAAGGUAUUUUGAACUGUGUCAACAAAUUUUGGACAUUCCAGGAGAUGGCUGGCCAUGGCAUCCCUCUUCCUGAUACUUUUUCUUAUGGUGGGCAUGAUGACUUUGCUAAAAUGAUAGAAGAAGCAGAACCCCUAGGUUAUCCACUUGUUGUGAAGAACACUCGAGGACGCUUUGGAAAAUCUGUGAUCCUUGCCAGAGACAAACAACAUUUGUCUGAUCUCACUCAUCUGAUUCAGCAUGAUGCCCCAUACCUGUUCCAGAAGUACAUGCAGGAUUCACAUGGGAAACAUAUCCGUGUGGUGGUGGUUGGGGGACGUGUCAUUGGUUCCACGCUACUUUUCUCAACGGAUGUGAGAAUACAGAGUAACCGUUCACAGGGUGGCAUGGGCAUGAUGUAUUCACUCAGCGAGCAUGGAAAGCAGCUAGCUAUUCAGUCUGCCAAUAUUCUCGGCAUGGACAUCUGUUCUAUAGACCUUUUCAUGAAGGAUGAUGGAUCGUUUGUGUUCUCUGAGGCCAAUGCCAAUGUUGGCUUCAAUGCCUUUGACCAGGCAUGUAACGUAGACUUGGGUAGUAUAAUUGCAGACUAUGCCCUUUCCUUGUUACCUAGCAGAUUGACCAGGAAGAUGUCAAUGCAGUCUGUUGUGUCAAGCACCAGUGAAACCAGUGAACCGGAAGUUUGUGCCCAGGCCAGUGCCAUUCCUGAAAAUCUCUACACAAUGUGUGUUAGUUCACCAUCCAGUGAGAGUGAUCCUGAUCUAGCAGAAGUCCAACAUUCUUCCACUGUGUCCCACUUACAGCACUCUGCACUUCCUGGUCCUAGUUACACCAUUAACAAAAUCAUUACUUCACAAGUGAAGGCUUAAGGCAGCAAAAUGGCAGAGCCUUCCAAGCACAAAUGUGCCACUUCCCUGCUCAGUGGCUUGUUAAAAUUGUAAUCAGCUGGGUAAGGGUACAAUUCAGAUGAAACACAUGUCUACAAUUCAUGAAUAUGUCAAAAUGAGUUAUAUAAAGCUAGAAAAUAAAGAAGUACUUCAGGCAUGAUCUCUCCAUAAAAGCUGUAAACAGAGCAACCUUGCAUGAAACACACUGAAAAACAGUAUUCUUCUGUUUUGGGCAAGCAAUAUUAAUUUCACUCUCUAAAAGGCUGACAAAGGGAUUACUCUCUUUAACUACUGGGAGCGCAUUUAAUAAGUACUGAGUAUAUGCUUAUUCAGUACUUAGCACUGUGUGCACAUUAACUAGAGUAUGAUUUUAAUUUAAACAUCAGAUGUUUGUUUUUAGUUUUCAGGCUUGCAAUACAUGCUGGAAGUUACUGAGGCUUUUUGAGGACAUCACCAUGUUAUGAGAAAUAAACUGAUUAAAACAGAAUUGCACUGCUAA